AUGGCGAAACGGAAAGCAGGUAUGAAGGAUAUUAUAUACGAGCUAGAUAAUGAGGAUUUAUCUGGAAGUAGUGAUGACGAUAAUAAAAAAUCAAAAACAAAGAUUUCAAAACCAAAUACGGGACAGCAGGUGGUUCAAGAAAUCACUUCUAGUAAAAAUUUUACUGAAGAUACAGAUAAAGUUCACGAUCAUUGUAUAAAAAUAACACCACAAAAUGGAGGGAAAAAUGACAGGAAUGUUUUAAAGAGUAAUUCUAGUUACAGUAUAAGCAUAAGAAAUGGUUCAGUUCAAACUAAAAACAACAAAGAACACUCUAACACAAUAAUUUUCAAUGAAGAUAUUCAAAUAGAUUCACCAGCCUCCAAUAGUGAUUUAAGUUUAGUGGAAUCUGAGCAUAAAACACCAUUAAUAAGCAUUCGAUUUAGAGAUAAAAGGUUUGCAAAAUUGUACAAAAGUAAAAUUAAAAACUUUAUGCUAGACUUAAUUAAAGAAAAUGAUGAUGACGGUCUAGUUAUAGAUAGUGAUACUGAUCUUGAGUUAGAUAUUUGGCCAAAGGACAGUAAAGAAAAUAUAACUGAAGUACCUUCAUUCAAUGAUAACUUAUUCUUUGUGGACACAGCCCCUUGUGGGGGCAAUACUGAUGUCCCCAUGUAUAAACAGGCCUCACAGUUAAUAUCCAAUAUCCAAGAAGACAAUAUAAAAGUAAAUGAAACACAAGCUACCCGGCCAAGAUUUACAUGUUUUAACUGUGAUGGAGAACACCAAUUAAAAGAUUGUAAAAAGCCCAGAAAUCAUUCUCGAAUUGCAGAGAAAAGAAGAAACUUAGGUGUUAAACUUGGACGUUAUCAUGUUGAAGAUGAGCAAAAAUUUGGCCACCUUAUCCCUGGAAGAAUUUCUGGACAACUGCGUCAUGCAUUGGGUAUCAAGAGAUAUGAGCUUCCCUUGUAUAUUUACAGAAUGAGGCUUCUAGGCUAUCCAUGUGGUUGGAUGGAAGAAGCUAAGAUCUUGCCAUCAGGCAUCAAUAUGUUUGAUUCCACGGGAACACGAAUACUCGAUCCUGGGGAAGAAGACGGUGAAAUUUUUGAACCAGGAACUAAAGACCGUUAUGACAUCAAAAAAAUUCACGACUUUCCAGGAUUUAAUGUUCCCACAAGUUCUACAUAUAUAGAGGAAUCACAUUUAUAUGGCCUCCCACCAUUAUCGGAACAAGAUAGUAAAUUUAUAAUGUUGCAAAGAUUAGCACCAAAUGCUAUGAAGGCAUACAAACGGAAGAAACUAACAUUCUUUCCUUCAUCUGCAAACAUUUCUCAAGAAGGGCAAGCAGAAAUGGAGCUGGAUAGCGGCGAUGAGAUGGCAGAAUUUCCAUCUGUUCCACCUCUACCUGAUGAUGAACCCCCAAACCUACCAUCUCCACCUCCACCCCCUCCAGAGUUGCCUUGUAGUCCUCAACCAUCAGUAACCCAAACCCCUUUAAAAUCUUCCGAGCCUGUGAAGUCCGAAACACCAGACACAAAAUCUCCAAAUACCGAAACUCCAAAUACAGAUCUUCCAAAUUCUAAAUCAGUAGAAUUAAAAGAAUCCAUAUCAAAGAAGCAAUCUUUUGGAGAAACAUCUAAACCCAGCACAGCGGAUAAUUCAGACAAUAAAUCAAUGGAUGACAUAGAAACAAUUGAAGUUAUGCUGGUGCCAGAUAUCCCUAUGCCUGAAGACGAUUUGAUAACAAUAGAUGAUGAUGACGAAACUUCGUUACCAUUCAGUGGUAGGAAUAGCCCCUCCAUUGAUGAUUUAGAAGCUGAAAAACAGCAACUCUUAGAUGCUAUUAAGAGUGCUGAAAUUACGAUUGUUUCUGGUACUGACACCGAGAUGUCUAAAGAUGUUAUUGUUGAGAAUGAGUCGCCGAGUACUGCAGAUGAAAGUGUAGAAAUAGUAGAAGAGUGUAUUCUCUUGGAAUCGGAUAAAGAGGAUAAUGCUUCUAAACAGGAUAUCAGUAACAUAAUAGAGGAACCACAAACUGCACACGCUGAAGAAAUAACUAAAAUCGAACCAGCUGAUGUACCUGCACCAUCAGAAUCAAGUACGCCUGAAGUAAAAACUGGCAAAGUCAAGGACACACUUUAUGGUACACCAGUCUUAAACAUUGCAUCUCCAUUCAUGAAAUUACCAAGUGACGAUAAGUUCGCGAAAGAUAUUUGUGACAUUAUCAACUUUGAAAAUCUUCCGAAUUCAGUAGGUAAAUACAAAAAAAUAAGUAGCCUUCUAAAGAAAGUUAAAAAUGAAGUGGAUAGAAUACAAGAGUCAUGA